CGUGCUUCGUGCGCAGACGCGGCCGCCAUUUUACGAGGACAGAGCCCCGGCAGCGUCGCCCGGGCCCGCUCCGCAUCUCGCGCGCCGAUGUUUCCACGGACCAACAACAGCAACAUCUACUACUCCUACUACUGCUAAACAUCACCAACAACCACCACCAACAAAAGAACCCGAAUCGUUAAAGUGCUCGGCUGCAACCAACGGAAGGGAUGGCUCUUGAAAGCCUAUUGUCUAGAUCCCCGUCCCCAGCAGUUGCCACUACCCGUGCCGCCCGUAGCGCCCCAGGGUGUGCGGGGGACGAAAGGGAGGAGGGCGAGCUGGAGGAUGGAGAGAUAGAUGACGAUGUCGCUGAGCAGCAGCAGCAGCACUCACCCGAUGGUGGCCGAGGGGGCCGUGGCAGCAGCAGCCGCGGCAGCGGGGUUGGCGGCGGCGGUGGAAGCGGCGGUGGCGGCGGUGGCGGCGGUGGUGGAGGAGGAGAAUGGGGCGACUCGGACGGAGAGAGGGACCCCAGCAGCCGCGAGCGCGAGCGGGACCGUGAGCGCGAGCGCCACCGCAGCUCCCGCAAGAAGCGCAAGAAGGAGCGCGAGAAAGAGAAGGAGAAAGAGAAGCGCAGGUCCAAGCGGCGGCGGAGGGACAAACACGGACACAAGAGGCACUCCCCUUCAAGCGACGAGUUUUCAGAAAACAGCGAGGAGUCGGACUAUGGAGCUGCUGACAACCGGGGCUACAGGAAGAACUACAGGGACUACGAGCCUCACUACCCACCCAAGGGAGUACACCAACCCAAGCCCUACAUGGACGAGCCCCCAGAGCCGGAGUACCCCGAGUACCAAGAGUACGGCGGUGGUGAUGUAGAGGUGGACGAUGGUGGCGGCGGCGGCGGCAUUGGCAACAUUGGCGGCAACAUUGGCGGCGGCAUUGGCGGCGGCAUUGGGGGGAGGUUUGACGAGUACGAGGAGGAAUACAAGGGCGAGGAGGACGAUGACUUUGCCUGCCAGCUCAAGCAGUACCGCGAGUCCCAGGGCCAUCUGCGUGGCCACCGUGGCGCCAGGAUGCGUGGCCGUGGCCGGGGUAGAGGCCAGGGCAAAGGCGGGCGUGGUCGGGGCCGAAUGUUGCACAUGCGGGAAAUGGAGCACAUGGAAGACAUGGACAUGCACUACGAUCACUACGAGGACAUGGGCGAGAUGGUGUGCCCGCCCCGCAAGAAAAAGAAGAAGAACCACACGGGCAGCACAGCGCACCUCAUCUGCAAGUUCUAUCUGGAGGGCCGCUGUGUCAAGGGAGAGAACUGCCAGUACAGCCACGACAUGCCCAACCGCAAGCGGGAGGUGUGCAAGUUCUACCAGAACGGACAUUGCGUCAAGGGAGAUUUCUGCCUCUUCAUGCACAAGGACUACCCAUGCCGCUACUUUCACAUGGGCGUCACCUGCUUCCAGGGCGACAACUGCAAGUUUUCGCACGACCCUCUCACCGAGGAGACCAAGGAGAUACUUGAUAAGCGUGUAAUGCAGAGCAACGAUGGCCGUUGCGCUUGGCAGGUGCUAAGCAACGAGGUGGAGGCCAGCGCUGCCGACGACGAGAAGGAGCUCGAGGAGCUAAAGAAGCUCGGCAUCACCCCGCUGCCGAAGCCGCCGCCGGGAGUCGGCCUGCUGCCCACGCCCAACUUCAACGCGGGUGGCGCGGGCGGACAGCAGCAGGGCUCCUCCGGCCUGCCGGUGCAGCAGAUGUCGCCGACGCACCAGCAGCAGCCGCUUUCGCCGUCGCAUCAGGACUGUUUGAGCCCGGGGCCUUCGUCGGGCAUUCUGGGACCGCUUCCGCCGCCGACGGGCCAGCCGGGGCCGCCCGGGCUGCCGGGGCCACCGGGACAAGCGGGGCAGCAGCAAGUGCAACAGCAGCAGCAGCAGCAGCAGCAAGGGAACAAGAAGAUCCCCUCGCUGUUUGAGAUUGUGGUGCAGCCGACGGCACAGCUGGCGCACAAGAUGGGUGUCCGGCCUAACUUCCCUGGACCAAACCAGCCACGGCCUCCGUUCCCAGGGCCAGGACCACCAAUUAGGCCUGGAUUUGGGCCUGGAAUGGGGCCGGGUGGCCUUAGUCCAGACAUGAUGGCCAUGUCAGGGCCGGGCACACCGGACAUGAUGCAGCCUCCUCCUCCUGUUGGGCCAGAAAUGAUGCAAGGCAUGGGCCAGAAUAUGGGUCAGAAUAUGGGCCAGCCCAUGGGCCAGAAUAUGGGUCCGAAUAUGGGACAAGCUGGAGGCCAGAACAUGGGACAGGCAAUGGGCCAGAAUAUGGCUCAGGGAAUGGGUCAGAACAUUAACCAGAAUAUGGGUCAGGGAAUGCCCCAAAACAUGGGGCAAGGCAUGGGCCAGAACAUGGGCCAGAACAUGGGCCAGAACAUGGGCCAGAACAUGGGCCAGAACAUGGGCCAGAACAUGGGUCAGAACAUGGGUCAGAACAUGGGCCAGAACAUGGGCCAGAACAUGGGCCAGAACAUGGGCCAGAACAUGGGCCAGAACAUGGGCCAGAACAUGGGACCUGGUGUGGACAUGCAGGGCUUGGUUCCGCCUGGAGGCACGGAGAACAUGGGUACCCCGGGUGGCGGGGAGAUGAUGGCCAUGCCUCCCGAGAGGAUGGGAACGCCUGGUCUGAACCCUGCACAGAACCCCAUGGGUCCCAUGGGGCCUAUGGGAGGCAUGCUAAACCAGAUGGGACCCAUGAACCACCCAAUGGGCAUGGGGCCCAUGGGACCGAUGGGACCACUAAACCCACUCGGGCAAAUGGGUGUCAACGCCAUGGGCAGCCCGGACCACCAGCAGCAGUUGCAGCAACAGAUGCAGCAACAGAUGCAGCAGCAGCAGCAGAUGCACAUGCAGCAAUCAAACCAGGCGGCGUGUGUGGCGAGCUUCCUGGAGUCAUUCUUCGGGCAGCAUAGGAUGCAGAGCAAGCCACCGGAGGAAAGCGCAGAGACGAUGCCAGAAGCCGGCGUGAGCGAAGGCGAGCUCGCCCAGAUGUUCGGCAAGGGCGUCGGGGGUGGCCCGAUGCCCCCGCUGGGACCCCCGGUACCUUCCGGCGUCCCCAUGGGACCGAUGGGGCCCGCGGGCCCCAUGGCGGGCGCCGCGGGCGUCGGCGGCGUCGAGGCCGAGAUGUGCUCCCUGGGCGAGAUGGGCCCCGAUGGGCCCAUGCAGGGGGUCCCCAGCGCGGUUCCGGACUUCCUGCCGGCGGCGCAGCGAGCGCUCUUCAUGAGGAUCCAGCAGAAGCAGGAGGAGCGCGAGGAGAUGGCGAGGAGGGCGGCCGAGGCCGAGGAGAAGCACAACAAGGAGGAGGAAGGUGUCAGCUGGUACUCGAGCGACGAGGAGGAAGGGGGCGGUGGCGUGAGCUCCAUCCUCAAGACGCUCAAGACCCACGCCAAGCAAAGGCCCGGCGGCCCCGCGACUCCCUCCUCCGCCGCGGACCCACGGCUGCACAAGCAGUCCGGCUCCGCGCAAGCCCAGGACCCACGUCUCAAGCCGGCCGACCCUCGCCUCAAGCAAGCGGGUGACGGCCAGGCGGCGUCCAGCCGCGACCCCCGGCUGGCGCACGGGGCGGCCGACCCGCGGCAGGCCGGCCGCACGCCCAAGGACGCGUACAAUGGCGGCGCGCGCAAGGCGCCCGCGGCGGCGGCGGUGGCGUUGGCGGUGGCCGGCGACGACGAGGACGGCGAGCGGGAGCUGCGAGAGAAGGCGGUGGCCAUCCCGCUGGAUCCGGCGCCCGGCGCCCAGCAGCGCGACCCCCGCUCGCAGCUCAAGCAGUUCAGCCACAUCCGCACCGAGCUGUCGCUCUCCAAGCCCAACUUCGCGCGCCUCGUCCUGUGGGAGCCGGAGGACCUCAUCCCCUUGCCCGUGCCCAAGUCGGAGCCGGCGCUGCCACCGCUUCCGCUGCCCCCGCUCGACGCCCGUUUGCCGACGCCGGCGAAAGCGGCCGCGCCGGCGCCGGCGGCCGGCGCGGACCCCCGCAUGCGUGCGCAGGCGGCGCCGUCUCCGCCGCAGGACCCCCGUCUCGUCGUGCGGCAGACGAAGCCCGCCGACCCGCGGCUGGGCCGGGCGGGCGGCGCGGCGGAGCGGCCCGCGGACCCUCGUGUCGUCAAGGGCUCGGUCGGGCCCUCGGCGGCCUCGGCCGGCGCCGUCGCCGCUUCCGCGGCCGACCCCCGGCUGCUGAAGCUGGCCGUGGUGGAGACGCUGGCGAAUGAGCUGCGGGCGUCCGGCUCGCCGGACCGGGCGGCGGCGGCGCAGGCGGAGUCGCCCACGACGCCGCUGGCGCCGUACGACCCACGGCUCACGUCGGCCGUAGGGCAGAGCAGCAUCGUGAGCUCCAUCAACCUGUACGACCCCCGCACGCCGCAACCCGCGGUGACCACCGCGGGUUGCGGCGGCGCGGCCGAGACGGAGUCGGAGAAGGGCCAGGCGGAGGCGAGUUCGGCGGCGGCGGCGCCGGACGGGGAAUCGAAGCCGCGGCGCUUUGUGAUACCCAAGACCAAGCAGCCGCCGGGCGAGGCGCAGGGCGACGCGGCGUUCGUCCGCCGCUCGGUGCUGGAGACCAUUGGCUCGGAGGGGUCGGGCGACGCGCAGGAUCGCUACAACAGCUACAGCCAGACGCGCUUGCGGCCCUCGGUGGUGCCCACGCAGCAGCUGGCGCAGCCGGGGGCCAUGCACAACCUGCCAAUGCUGCCCAUGAUCAGGCCGCAGUACGGCAUUGACCCCAGGCAGCCGAGCAAGCAGGCCCUGGGGGCGCCCGUGCCGGCGCCAGACGGGGCCGACAGCCACGCCAAAGACAACGCCGGUGAAGGCGACGGUAACGGCGAGAAGGAUAAUGACAAGGGAACAACGGACGAACAAGACCAGACGUCACUCAAGGAUAUGUUCAAGGCGUUUGACCCCACCGCGUCGCCCUUCUGCUAGGGUCAAGAUGCAACAGCGCUCAGCCCCCUCUGGCAGUGGGGCAUGGGGCAGUUUGUCCUGCGGCUGCCUUGGGAUGAAAUGUCUGGGACAUAGAUGCUACUGCGGAAUGCCGUGGGAGGAGAUCCCUGCAGGGUGUUGCUCCAAUCCCCUAAACUGUCCUUAUCCCUGACGUUGGGGUGUGGGGUAGUCACUACAACCCGCCCGAGCUUUACAGGGGGGGUUACCUUGCAGAGUUGUCACCACUCCUACGCCUCCCAACAAGCUGCGCUGACUGCACCGGUGUUGGAACUAAACCGUGGCGGUACACGGUGAAUACACCGCCGUUCUGAAUGAAAAACGAAACGUAGAUUGGAAACGGUUCCGAGACCUGCCGGCGGCAGACAGUACGAGUUGUGACCUAACUCCCCCAGCCGGCCAGCCAGCUGUAAACCUAAGGUUAGGGGAGGCUGUCACUUUACACAUCCUCUUUCCAGAGUGCUGGUGGUGUGUAGCACCUACUUCCACUGAUCUACCACUCUUGGUUGAGGGAGUAGAGUUAGGAUAACCAGUUGGCCACAGCUAGUAACUGCAAUGCCACAGCAGGAGACUAUUUGAUGUUAAACAUCCCACCUACAGUGUAUUUAUAAUUAGGCAUUUAAUGAUUCUCCACCACCAUUCACACACACCCUUCCCAUCCAAACCCACAACUUGAUAAAUUGUCACGAUUUCGAGGAUCACGAUUCGAUAUUCAAGAAUAAUUUGUCUCGUUCCGUCCCAUCUGCACAGUCUUGUCGGGUGGAACCAUUUGUUCGCCUAAAGUCAACGUUUGUAUACAUUGUAAAUGAUCAAAUUCUGGCACACAUUGCGGGAUGCAUGUAUCACGAGUUUAAGAAUCGACUUUAAUCCAACUUGUUCAUCUUGACAUGCCUUUUUAUAACGGCUCAUGCGCUGUGCUGAGCGCCGGAUUGUGUCUCUGCGUUGAAGCUACAAACUCCACCUCGGGGUUUUCAGUCUAACGCGAUGCAUGUACACGUACAGCUCAUUGUGUCAACCGCCAAAAGAGGAUUAUUUGACCAUACUUCACCACGCUGGUCAGUGCAGGUUGGUGAAGGCGGGGAACAUAGAUGUGGCAGCGUAAAGGUGCGGUACAACGAUGGCUUUUGCCACUGCCCAUAGCGUCCCACCAGGCUAUGACACCAGUUAUGCAAGCUGGUCACCUUUCCAUGUAUUCUCCAGGUUCAACUCUGCUUAACAUCUAAGGGGAUCGAGUGCAUUCUGGGUUGUGUGAUCAGAAGCCCAGGUGACUUGUUACAGGUGGAUUAAUUAUCUGUCACGUGAUGGCUGUGGCAUCACCGGCCGAUGUGGCUCAACAGUAGAACGGGUCUGGUUAAGCCCAGCGUUGGUGCAUCACCACCACUACAGGACACUGCCUUUGUGUUCCAAUUAUUGUUUAAUUUGGAUGCAACCCGGGCUUAAGUUCUGUCGGGUCUGGCCAGGGUGGUGUGUACCCAGCACACCACAUCAUGUAAUGGCAGUGACUAUUCAUCAUAUGUCCAACUCCAGUAUACGAACAAGCAGGAACAUCUUCAGUGUGUAACGAACCCCGAGAUGUAACGGUUCACCUUCUCUCCGAGCCACAUUGGCUGCAAGGUUUCCACGAACUAUUCCGAAAAAAUGUAAUAGUUCGUGGAACUAAACUUUUUUUUCCCAGAUAAGGCUGACUGAGCUAUAUACCUAUUUUUCAGAAGCGGCCUGGCUAUCACAAAUGAUAGCUCAACUAAGUGGCUUAUCGUGUGUUCUAAACGCGUGUUUCUAAAUGUGGAGGGGAAAAUAACGGAGAACCCGGAUAAAAAUCCACACAACCACUGCGAGAACAUACAAACUCCAAAUAUACAGCAGCAGGCGUCAGGGUCGGGAUUGAACCCACGACCUCCUGUAUACCAGGUGAGGUAGUUGAAAAUCUCGCCACAAGCUCCCUGGCGAACAAGAAGGCCCAGUGCUAGUCGGUGUGGGCCAGACCAUGGACGUUGCAUACCACAGUGAAAAAAAUACCGCUCUGAAAAUUGAUGCAACAAUCAAUCAAAAUGUACUUUGUGGGAGAUGAUGCGCAUGGUUCAUAGUAUAAAAGACAUCUUUGGGGAAGAAAAGGGAUGGGUUAAGAUAGGGAUUGGGAAUAGGUCUAAUGCUAUCUGUUGGGUGCAGCACUUUUUCACAGCAGUGUUUUGUACAAUUUGUGACCAGUGCGUGCUAGACAGCGAAGACAAAACCAACCCAUGGUGCUACCACUACCAUGGUAUUGGCAACACAGAGGGCAAAGAGGAGACUCCUCACCCCCCCAAAAACGUUAUGACAGGAGUGAGCAAAUCAUAUGCAGUGCCCCCUCCAUAUUAAAAAAAAACCCUACAUGGGCCCCCCUUGGCUACUCUACAUGGCUCUCCCCCAUGGCUACUUGUCCCCGCCCCACCCCAAAUAAAAACAACUCCACAAUUGUACCCAGACCGGCUUGGGGUCCCUCUUGGUGAAGGGCCCAGAGAAAAAAUGUGGUUAAUUUUGGCGUGGAAAGAAUGGGAAAUAUCGCUGCUGUCGUGUUUGUUGUUGUUGUUGUACAAAGUGGUGAAAAACCUCAGGCCUAAGUUGACUUUAAAGUUCGUGUCUUGCACAUUUGUUACCCCUCCCCCCGCGACACUCGAAGGCGAUUUAAAGGGAAGACGCAACCCGAAUGAUGCAGCCGUUCAUUUCUCUAAAUCCGUGUUCUCGGGGAACUGGCCACAAGAGUGUACAAAUCUCCGCUAACGAGACAAACUAGAAACGAUGCAAAAAAUACAAUGUUAAUCGUAUUUUUUUUGUAAGUUUUUUGUUGCUGUUACUGUAUUUGGAAUUCAUUUUCAAAUACGAAAGUCACAGAUUCGAUGACGGAAUCCAGUUCAAUGAUUUUAGUUACGGUGCGAAACCCGAUUCGCGCAAACGCUCCGACGGCACGGCACGCGGUUCAGCGUGAUCGAAUCAGCGUGAUCAGUCAACGGCAGCCACCGCAAGGCACUGGCGGCUGACUCAUCGGUUACGUGCGGCAAAACAGAUGACCGAUUUUUUUUUUUACUGGUCGUUGCAAGUGAUUUAAAUCGAUACCACAAAAGGAAAUAAAUCCCCUCUGAUUGUGAAAGUCACGGGAAUUGGGAGAGUCAGUGCAAUGGCACUGAGCAUCACAGCCACGAUGGAGCCCCCCUUAAGCUUUGUGAACUAAAAACAAAAACAUUUUUAGGAAUACACCCAACCAGCUCAUGAAUAGUUUUUCUUGAAGACAGAUGUGCGAUAGCUAUAAUGGCGCUUCUGGCUGUAACUCCAAAAUGGUAAUUUUCCCACGAAGCUUGAACCGUGUGGGGGGGGGGCAGCCAGGGAUGGAGCCUACGAGAGAAGAAGAGCCGUUAAUUCUAGUCCGGACUCGUGUGUUCUUUUGGAGCAUUUUAUCACGAGCCGUAAUCUCUCUCCCCUGGUGGAUGACGGCCUCCCCCACGCCGUGGCCGGUACCUCGUAGUCCAGUGCUGCUAGUCCUCUCCACCUCAGUCUGCGGCUCAUGACCCUGAUCUCAUCGCUCCAUCUCUGCGGGUCACCGUUCUGUCACUGGUCUCGACUAUCGUCGCUUACCCCAAGCCCAUUUGGCUUUCCCUAGUCAAUGCUUUGCCUUUAUUCGGUUUGCUGGGAGGAUCACUGCUUGGCAGAGAGCAGCUGGCGUGAGGAAUGGAGGGGAAAAUAAGCACCAAACUGUUUCCUUAUCCGGGGAUCUUACAGUCUGUAAAACCUGGCUCCAUCCUGCCACACCGCCAGUGGUGCCUUGUUGAACAGGUUCCAGACAGGGAAAGGUCUCUGUGCAGCCAACCUCCACCGUUGGGGUCUUCACGACAACCCGACGCUGCAGCUGUGGCGCUGGCGAGAUGUUAUCUGCCUCGCCUGGUAUACAGGAGGUCGUGGGUUUGAUCCCGACUCUGACGCCUGCUGCUGUAUAUUUGGAGUUUGCAUGUUUCUCUCUCCGUGGUCGCGUGGAUUUUUCUCCGGGUCUUCUGGGUUUUCCCUCCACAUUUAGAAACACGUGUCUCGAGUAUUUGGCUGCUGUAAAUUUUCCACGCGAUAAUAAACCACUUCGUUGAGUUAUCAUUUGUGAUAGCCAGGCCGCUUCCGAAAAAUAGCUGUAUAGCUCAGUGGGGCCUUACCUGGUUAAAAUGAAAAAUAUUUUAGUUUAAAAAGAAAACAAUAUAUUGCGUAUUGUUGAUGACCAUCCACCAAGUUCGGUGGAGGGCGACAAAAAUGGCACACGGCCACCGCGUGGCUCUGCGAUCACGCAGUCUGGAUGCAAGAAUCCACACGCUGCACUUGCUUAUCGGUGUCAGCGUGCACCUCACCGUGAUUUUUUUUAUCUUCCCAUAGUUUCAUCAUUUCUGAGCCAUUUCAGAGCGGGUAAUGUUCAUUUAAAAGUCGCACAAUAUCUUUCCUACGAAAGAACUGCUCGCUACGAUGAGAUUUCGCGAUCGACGCGAAAACCAUUCAAGGCUUUACGGUGUCAGUGGAUAAAAUGGUCCCGGUUCGCGUCGCCACAUUCAAGUAAAUUAUUUUAGUCCCAUCAGUUUGUGGGCUUUCUGGACCAAUGCCCAGCAGCACUUUUACGUACGAGUUUGAACUGGGUCUCAUUUUGCAGUACACUCUGAAAAGGAUGUUGCUGGUUUGCAGGGUUUACUGUAUAUCGUCGUGUUUGGAUCGCGUCUCCCUUCAUAAAUUAGCCGUGUGGUGGCUGGCCACAGCCUCUGUGCGGGUUUCACGAUUACAUACAUCUUUGUUGUUUAUUUUGUACUAUUACUGAUAUUAUAUUUUUUCAUUUGCCAUUGCAAUCCUCGGUAAGGGUGAAAGUGGUCGUAGUUUUAGCCGUGUAAAAAAGUGAUGACCCCCAGACGUAACUGCCAUCCCGAGUGCUGUACAGAGACCUCUUUAAGUGUGCGUAGCUUGCGUGUUGUUCCCACGGGUGUAUUUUAAAGGGGACAAAGUGUACAUAGAAACACGCCUGCCGGACCGAUCGACCGGGCUACAUUGGUGUGGUGUGGGGGGGGGAUUGUAAUGUCGCGCGUCUGUAUUAGCCGUGGAUCGGGACAGCAAGAGUAUUGAAGUACGGCGGAGUCUUGGGGAGGUAGGGGGGGUAAGUGCAGUGUUUGUUUGACUGAGGGAUUUUUUUUUAGAAUGGGGGUCACGGGAUAUUUUGUUGUACGUACUUAAAAGUCGCGCGGCAAUUCUUGUUUUCUAUAACGUUAUUUAGGUGUUUAAAAAAAAAAAAUCCCGUGUCUUGUGUGUUUUAUGAGGUUAUGCAGCUUUUUACAUGAACGUCACAACCAUGUAUUUAAUGUCAAGAUGAUGAUGAUGCGACCACGCGCAGGCACGGCGGGGUCUGUCGGUGGCUGCGCUGCUGUAUGAGUUGCAGUGCUGCUGACUGUGCCGCCCCCCUCCCCUCCGCCGUUCCUGUGUUGUGCUAUUGUUGUUUUCUUUGUAACAAAAUAAACAGAAAAUAUUUAAAACCCA